AUGCUCUCUUCUUCGGGACACGCUCUCCGUCGUGGUUUCGCCACUUCCGCCGCCCUUUCCAACAAAGAUGCCUUCAUCGUCAGUGCCGCCCGUACCCCAAUCGGAUCAUUCCGCUCUUCUCUGGCUUCUGUUACGGCCACUGAACUCGGAUCUGUUGCCAUAAAAGCGGCGCUCGAGCGAGGAUCGGUGAAGCCGAAUGCCGUGCAGGAGGUAAGACUGAUAAUGCGAUUAGAUUUAUAAUCACUCAUCAAUGACGAUUUCCACAUUAUUCUUUGUGAAUGUCUUUUCCAGGUGUUCCUCGGACAGGUCUGUCAGGCCAACGUCGGACAGGCUCCCGCCCGCCAAGCUGCUCUCGGAGCAGGCCUCGAUCUGUCUGUCGCCGUCACCACCGUCAACAAGGUGUGUUCUUCUGGACUAAAGGCCAUCAUUCUGGCUGCCCAACAAAUUCAAACCGGACACCAAGAUCUUGUCAUCGGAGGAGGAAUGGAGAGCAUGUCCCAAGUGCCGCUUUAUGUGCCUCGUGGAGAAGUUCCAUACGGUGGUUUCCAAGUAAUUGUAAGUUAAAUUUUGUGAAUUUCAAUAUCUGAACUAUGCUGUUUUCAGGAUGGAAUCGUCAAGGACGGGCUUACUGAUGCAUACGAUAAGGUUCACAUGGGAAAUUGCGGAGAGAAGACGGCGAAAGAAAUGGGAAUCACUCGCAAGGACCAGGACGAUUACGCAGUCAACAGCUACAAAAAGUCGGCGAAAGCAUGGAAGGUUCAUCAGCUGAAUGUUCUCUGUGCAUUACUACUGAUAAGGUGUUGUUUAGGACGGAAACAUCGGACCAGAAGUGGUGCCAGUGAAUGUGAAAUCAAAGAAGGGAGUCACGAUUGUCGAUAAGGACGAGGAGUUUACGAAAGUGAAUUUCGACAAGUUCACUACACUACGAACUGUCUUCCAGAAGGGUUUCACAUGAAUCCAUUGACUGUUCCGUGAAUUAAUUGUUUCAGAUGGAACCAUCACUGCUGCCAACGCCUCCACCCUCAAUGACGGAGCCGCCGCCGUUGUCAUCGCUUCGCAAGACGCCGUUUCAUCGCAGAAUCUGAAACCACUGGCCCGCAUCCUCGCCUACGGAGACGCAGCCACUCAUCCUCUCGAUUUCGCCGUCGCUCCAACGCUGAUGUUCCCAAAGAUUCUGGAGAGAGCAGGAGUGAAGCAGGCCGAUGUCGCUCAUUGGGAAGUCAACGAGGCAUUCUCGUGUGUUCCGCUCGCAUUCAUCAAGAAGCUCGGAGUAGACCCGGCGCUUGUCAACCCGCACGGAGGAGCAGUUUCCAUCGGUCACCCCAUCGGGUAUGUUGCCAUAUCAGUUGGCCGUUCUUUCCGCCUUUCUCUUAUCACCGCACGUAUUGAUUAUCUUCCAGAAUGUCCGGUGCCCGCCUUAUCACUCAUCUCGUUCAUUCCCUCAAGAGCGGCCAGGUCGGAGUGGCCGCCAUCUGCAACGGAGGUGGAGGCUCCAGCGGAAUGGUCAUUCAGAAGCUAUGA